AUGGCUCGCUCAAGCGUUGUCGUUUUGAUGCUAAUGGCACUGUUCUUGACCUCCGCUUUAGCUCAAUCUCCUUUGUCCUCACCAGCAUCUUCUCCCAUGAAAUCUCCACCGUCGUCACCGACUCCAACUCCGGAACCAGCCGCCGCUCCUCAAUCUGGACCAACUGUCUCUCCUUCUGCACCUAAAGAGAGUAAUUCGUCGCCAGCACCCUCUCCAGAGUCUUCUCCUCCUCCAGCAACUACUCCUCCUCCUCCUCCUACUACUGCUCCAGAGUCUUCUCCUCCUCCAGCAACUACUCCUCCUCCUCCUCCUCCUCCUCCUACUACUACUCCAGAGUCUUCUCCUCCUCCAGCAACUAGUCCGCCUCCUCCAUCCGCAAACUCCGACCCGCCAUCUGAAGGUCCUUCACCUAAAAACGGCGCCGUUUCAAACAGAUUUGCUUUUUCUGGAACUGUGGCUGCUGGCUUCUUCGCUGCCGUUUUGGCGAUGUAG